AUGACUGUCAAGAAACACCAUGUGGCCUCAAAGCUCAAAUACUGGGACGACCCAGGGGACGGCUCCAAGCCCACGCCCAUUUUCAUCGGCAAAGGUCACAUCACCAACAAGCGACCUCACAAGGAGCAUGAAUUCACGAUAUCCGACGUCAGCGGCGAUGAGGUCCAGUACACUCUAAACAGUCACGGAUUCCAGUGGUGCGAGCACGCAAGCUGCGAAGACAUGUUCACAGACGACGAGCGCAUCAAGGCCGCCUACUACCCCGAAUGCGAACAGCUCAUCAAGUCAGUAACCGGGGCGAGGAAAGUGCACAUCUUCAACCACAAAGUCCGUCGCGGACCGACGCAAUGGCACUACCUGGGCCUGCAGAACCUCGCCAACCGAGGGCCCGUCACGCGGACGCAUGUCGAUCAGUCGUAUGAGGGUGCCGAACGACGUCUGCGCUGGGAGUUCCCCGCCGAGGCCGAUGCUCUCCUGAGGAAGCGUUAUCAGAUCAUCAACGUCUGGCGGCCGAUCCGCACCAUCCUCAAGGAUCCCAUUGCCGUGGCGGACUCUACCUCCGUGCCUGAUGUGGAUCUGGUCGGGGCGGAAAUGACAGAGGACGGUUUCAUGGGGGAGUCGUGGGUUGUGCGUCACAACCCUUCGCAUCGGUGGUACUACAAGUUUGGCAUGACGCCGCAGGACGUGUUGCUCAUCAAGUGCUUCGACUCGGAGGAGAAGGUUGCAAGACGCGCGCUGCACUCUGCGUUUGAGGACCCGGCGUACCAAGAUUAUGAAUCGCGGCAGAGCAUCGAGGUCAGAUGUCUCGUGUUGUACUAG